UUGCCAAACGUCAGCCGUGUUCCUGGUUUCAGAAUAAAACGCCAGCAGUUCAGCAUCAAUAAAAGCACGUUGUUUUUAAUCGAUUUUAGCGAGGAUUUGGCGUGGGUUGUGGUCUUCUAAAACGGCGUGACCAUAUUGUAGCUUGCAGCUUGUUCAGCCAGGAUGUCCACCACGUCUCAGAAACAUCGGGACUUUGUUGGUGAGCCAAUGGGUGAAAAAUCGGUGACUGCUCUGUCAGGAAUUGGGGAGGUUUUAGGGAAGAAGCUGGAGGAGCAAGGAUUUGAUAAGGCCUACGUCGUUCUCGGUCAGUUUCUGUUACUGAAGAAAGACACCGAGAUGUUCACCGAUUGGCUGAAAGACACCAUCGGGGCAACUUCUCGACAAGCGGUUCCCUGUGCUCAGUGUUUGAAGGAGUGGUGUGACGCAUUCCUUUAGGGCCCGACCUGCACCUUAUUAACGACCACACCCCUCCACCUCCUCCAUAUACACGCUACCAGCUUCACAUGUCGACAUCAGUGCUGGUGGUUUUUGUUUAAACACCUGCUGCUGUUCACAUGUGUGGUCAGUCGGUGGUCAACGUUUACAAGAGUUUACAAGAAUAAUAAAAGCCAUUUUCCAUUUGAAA